GAAUAUAAAGAAAAGAAUGUUAGUCAAUGUGCCUUGUACCACUUACCAUAAACAUUAAUUAGGCUAUAGCAAAAUUGUAUAUACCUUUAGAAUUCCUCCCCUUCCAUUAGGUAUAAUGCAGAUUUUUCCCUCUAAAAUUUAAUUAACGUACAGGAGUAAAUUUGAACAUAUGAGAUACAUUGUGAAAGGAAAUAUUAUUCUUGUGUAUCUUGGGUUCGAACACUAAGAUAAAAAGAAUUUUUAAGGGGCGUAUCAAUUAAUGUCAAAAGACUGAUCAAGAAAACUAAAUUUUCUAAAUAAAGUUAAUACACCAAUGUACUUUGAAAUUAUUUAUAUUUUGCUAUCCAUGCACUUAAAAUUUUUUUUAUUUUUUUCAAUUAAAGAUCGAAUAUUUUCUUGUUCAAGAAGCUUGUUGAUAGCUUUUAAUCUUCUCUGUGAAAAAAUGAUGCAAAGAAGAGUCCAGAACCUCGAUUUAUUUCCUUGUCAAAUAGACAAAGGGGACAACGAACUGGGGCUUUGUACUUGUAUCUUCUUUGAUCCAGCAGAUGAGGAUGGAAAGGAACCAGGGGUUUUUAUAACUGAAAUUAUUGAAGGAGGUGCAGUUCACAAACUUGGAUGUAUCCGUGUAUUUGACCAGAUUAUUAAAAUAGGUGACAUCAAUCUAAUUGGAUUGGAUGAAGCAGAAAUCAUCUCUACUUUUAAAAAAAUGGACGAUUCUCCUUUCCAGUAAGUAAAUUUUCCCACAUUUCUUUAAGAUGCAGAGAUUGCUAGAUCAUUGUUUUUGAUUUGGAAAUUUCUUUAGCAAUGUGUUCAAACAGAAAAAUUGGGGAGAAAGAAAGCCUAAUUAACAUGUUUAAAUAAUUUCUCUUUUUGACUUCUUUUGCUAGGAAAUGACCCUCUUUUUUUCUGUUCAGCAGUUCACAAGACAUUUUAGGACCCAUUUGCACCUUCCUUUCUAAAUACUCAUCUUAAGCAAACCCUUGAUUUUCGUCUGCAUUUAUUUUUAGUUAAUGAAUUUUUAUUUUCUUGGCAAAUAAUGCUCCUUGAACCUGAAGAGGUUUUUUUGUUUUGUUUUGUUUUGUUUUGUUUUGUUUUGUUUUUGUAAGAAUGACAGCUUAGCUGAAUUUCCCCAUUCCGCUUUUUGCAUGGCUAUGUCUUAAUCCAAAGUACAUAAAUUAAAUGUGGAUAUUUUGUACCUAGGAUUGAAAUUGGCCGCGAACCACCUGACGUGAAGUCAGAACUUAUCGAACUCCUCGAGUUGUCAGAGGAAAGGAAGAAAUAUUUUAUGGAUUUGCUCAUAGUACAGGUAUUAUGUGAACCAAAUAAAAAAAUGCAGAAACUCAAAAUUCUUUCUUUUUUUAUCAUAACAAUAUUAAAAUAAAAUUUUUGUUCUUUAAAA